AUGGCAAGCCCCGCCCAUUGCUUCUAUUGCUUUGAGACUCUAUCCACCAGCUUCGAUCACCGGGAUACGCCUACACUACAAGGGGUCCUUGAUUUGUACGAGAAAUACGUAUCCAACGCACACUCGAUUGAAACACCUGCGGAAGAUAUAGGAGAGGGAGAUGAGGAGGAGGAGGAGGAGGCAGAAAUGCACACAACAGAAUCCGAAGACGAGGAUGAACAUGGAGACGAAGAGGACGAAGAGCGCAGCCAGGAAGAGAGACAUCGCAUUGAACGCCGGGAGGCCAGCAAAUCCAGGCCUCAACUUCCCAGUAUCUCCCGACUGCAGGCGUCAACAUCAUCCUCGAGAUCAUCUUCAGCCUCCUCUCCGUCCAUAGUCUCAUCCAGUUCCUCCAAUUCUCGAUUAACCACUCCCUCGAGUGCCACCUCAGUCACAUCAUCUCGACCAUCUUAUGCCUCACAACUCUCUAUCACUGAGUCUUAUCCACUGUUUGUCACCUGGAAUACCAUCUCUCGAUCGGGUCAUAAAUCUCUUCGUGGCUGCAUAGGAACAUUUGAAGCGCUCCCUCUUGCUUCAGGCCUCUCUACAUAUGCAUUGACCUCCGCAUUUGAUGAUACGCGGUUUUCGCCGAUACCAGCCUCUCUAUUGCCAGCCCUUUCGUGCUCUCUGACGUUACUUGCAGAUUUUGAGCCGUGCAAGGAUGCGAUGGAUUGGAUACUAGGCCGUCACGGCUUGCGUAUCAGCUUCACUUACAGGAAUCGCAGACAUGGAGCCACAUAUCUACCAGAUGUUGCGCUUGAACAGGGCUGGACCAAGGAGGAGACAGUGGAGAGCUUGAUGAAGAAAGCUGGGUGGGAUGGAGGGUAUGGCCAUGGUGUGGCAAGACGGCUCUUGAGAGGAUCGGCCAGAGGAAAUGAGCAACAGACCCCGAAACCUUGGGAUGAUGUCCAGGAUUUUCGAGCGGUCAGAUACACAGGCUUGAAAUCAAGUGCGACUUAUACGGAGUGGCAGGAAUGGCGCGCAUGGAUCGAGAAGAACGGUGAGGUGCUGAAGUGA